CCUCAGAGCAGUGACCAAUUAAUGAAAUAUUCCAGCUGUUCCAGCAACACAUCUCACUAACUUAUCUCUGGCCACAGCUCCGCGUGGAAAGAAAGGACCGAAGUAAAAAGAACAUGCGUCCUCAAAAAUGUGUCCUUCUUCUGAGUAUAACUAUCAUCUGGACAUUCUGCCAAGACAUUGUUAGGGGAAACAACGCAAUUGAUUGCUGUCUGUCAGUGAGCAAUACAACAGCGAAUCCUAGGAUAGUAAAGACAUUUCGUAUGCAAACUACUGCAGAUGGCUGUAAGAUCCCUGCAGUGCAGUUUAUUACUCACAAGAGGAGGACAUUGUGUGCUCCUCCAGAUGAAAAUUGGGUUCAUAUUUUAAUAGGAAAACUGAAGAAACUUUGUAAAAAACGUAAGAGAGCCUGUUAAUAGCUGUGAUUUUAACAAGACCAUCAGAAAUAGCAGCAACACAUACUGUGAGAGUGGACAACUGAAAGUCUUCCAGCUGGUACACACUUUGUGAACACUAUAUCACUUCCUAGACCUCUCUUUCCUUUUGAAUCUAAUUCAACAAUUUAUGGGAUGACAUGAGUGCUGAGCAUUGGGCUCUAGCUGAUUAUUAAAACUAAUUUCUCUUUAUGAAGAAUUGCUUAAGGAAUCACACAAAGGAUUCAUGUAUCAUCUUGGUAUUUUACAAUCUUGCAGGCUAAAACAACGUAAGAAAUGUAUGUGGUUUCUUUUUUUUUAUAUAGUGCAUUCUUUGUUAAGUGCAAGGCAGUUCAUCUCAAAUCUUCAAGUUAUGUCUUCAUUUUUCUCUAAUGUUUCAAAGAGUCCAUAUAUACAGUAAUGGACUAACACAACCGUCUGUUUUGUGCAUUACCAUUACCAGGUUUUCAAGUAAAUCACUUACUAGAAAGCACAGUUACUUAUUUUGUUAAGAUAUAUUGAAGUUACACUACAAAAAGGAUAGGUUUUACCGCAGCAAAAAGUCAUGAUGUGACAUACGGACAUCUUUAGCUUCAUUUCCUAUUCCUGCACUUUACAAAUACUGUUUAAUCAUUCCAGUGUCAGCUUGCAGUUGUAUGGGAUAUACCUAACUUAAACAAACCUUAUAAUUCUGCAUCUUAAAUAAACUUUGAUUCAGGUAGACAAUAAGCUUCCAUAACCAGUGCUCACAAGACAUGCACAGAUAAAUGCAUGCAUAUAAUAUGUUUUACUGCUUAUAACUGAAACUGUUUUUUACUGAAGUGGAAUUGACAAAAAGUUAAAAGACCAUAUAGUAUCAUUUCAGAAGCUAGCAUCAUCAAACAAUCUUUUCAAAAUCUAAAAUUCCUAAAAUUAUGGUAUUUUUACAUGAUGCAUUUAUUCUUCAGAUUUGCUGUCUAAUGCCCACAUUAUCCAGCUAAGAUAUGUCUUUCAUAUAAUGUGUUACUAUUUCAAGUAAUUAGAAUUGGAUGUUGCUGUAGACAGCACUAUUUAAUAACAUCUCCCUGCAGUACAAAAAAUGCAUCACUUGUAAUUUAGCAUUGCACAUACACACACUUCUAAACUAGGCCAUGAUUUAAGUUGUUUAGCAAGAUGGAGUGUGGCAGGCAGUUCUCCCAUCAAACAUAUGUAUUCUAACUCCAAAGUAGCACAACCCUGGACAAGGAGGCAACACUUGUUUCAUAUUAUAUUGUUAUUAGCCAGUGGGUGUUUGAAGAUUAAGGGAGUCUUGUUCAGCUGCAAAUAUACAUAGAUGGAUAGAUAGAUAGAUAGAUAGAUAGAUAGAUAGAUAGAUAGAUAGAGGCAUUAUAGGUGUAGAUAUAGAUAUAGAUAUAGAUAUAGAUAUAGAUAUAUUAUGUAUUAUUUAUACUUCUGUGUUGACAUUGUGAUCUGAUUGGAUCCAGGCCCUGUCUAAAGAAUAGUAAAAUAUUUUUAUUUUUACCUGUAAGGUUACUUAAGAAAUGAUAAUAAAAGAGAAAAAAUUGCCCCCCACCUCUUCUAAGGGGAAUGUCAAUCUCACCAUAUGAAAGGCUAAGUCCAUUCUCUCCAUGGACAAGGAGCCUAACUUGUGUCUGGGAUUACUUCAGGAUUUCACCCUCCCCUCUUUGAUGAGAGAGUGGAAUAGGGAAUGAAUGGAG